CUCAUCAUCACCACCGCCUCGCUCCUCGAGGGAGUUGGCUACGAUGUCAGACAACAAAUUCAUGCCCACACGUCAGCCGCGCCCAUCAUACCUCAGCCAGCAGGGCGGCUCGGCCUCAUCGUCAUCCGCGGGCCCCAGCACAUCUCGACUGGCCGCUCCUUCAGCUGCUGGCGCAUCGCGCUUCGGCUUUCGAGCUCCAAGCGCAGGAGCACCUCCGUCAUCAUCUUCAGCUGCGCCCGCUGGAGGUGUAACAGCCACGCCUCUCGGUAAGCGAACCGUCUCCAAUACCAGCCUGCCUGACCAUGCCAACGGCGUUGGCAGCGCCCCUCCCUCAUCAGCGAAGCGUCCCCUCACCAGCACGUCGACUCCUCUGCGAUCAUCACGUCCUCCCUCUCCUUCGUCCACGCAACAGCUAUCCACAAUCAAAUCUCAAUAUGAAUCUCGUCUCUUGCUCUCGCAGCAGAGUUACGAUGGACUAGAGGACGCAUAUCGCAAGCUUGCAACAGAAGUCGAGCGACUAAAGAGCGAGCGCCGCGAGCUUGCAGAAGAGUGGGCGCGCGUCAAGGAGGAGAGAGCAGCUGAGCAGCGCGAAUGGCAGCAGGAGAGGGAGAAGCUGCGCAGUCAAGUGAAUCAGGAGAGGGCGGCGAGGAGCGAAGCCGAGGAGGAAUUGCAGGGCGCCGCCGAGGAUGCAGCGAGGCAGAGGCAGGACAGUCAGGCUGAGCUGAAUGAGCUCAGGGUCAGGUUGGGGAGAGCAGAGGCUGAGAAGGCUGAGCUGCAGGGGCGCACGCAAAUGGAUGAGGAUCGAAGGCGGAGGGACGCUGAGCGGCUGAGUCAAGAGAUGUCUACGAAUCAGGAGCUCGAAGCCAAAGUGGCUGAGCUAGAGAGCAAGGUCGCCUCCUCCUCUGCCUCGCCAAGCAAGGACGCAGCCGUCGAGCGGGAGCUACAUCGCAUCCUCGCCCAUUCUCGCCAGCUCGAAGGGCAAGUUGCUACGCUCAAUGCCACCACCACUUCACUCCGCAAGCAAGCCGAAGGCAACGCCGUCCUGAAAGAGGAGAAUCUCCUGCUAAGGAACAAGGUCGACUCCCUCACCACGCUACAGUCACGCGUUGUCGAGCUCGAAGAGCAUCAGGAGCGUCGUCAGGCAGAAGAGAAGGCAUGGGACGAAUUUCUCGCUCAGCCUAAUGCCUUCUCUUCCAAACUUGAGGCAGACGCGGCCAUGAGCGCCGGCGAUGUCGAUGGGGACCUGCCUACCCUUCCCUUGGCCCCACAGCCAAUACAGCGCGCCAGCCUGCCAGCGUACCUUUGCAAUCUCCGCGGACUCGUCUCUGGCCUCUUGACACGUUCUCAGAUUUUGUCAAGUAAGAUUACAAGCGCGAGGCAGAGGCAAGAGUCACUCGAGUCCGAGCUUGAGGGCAAGGAGGAGGAAGUGCGACAGUGCAAGCGUCAGGAAGCGGAAGCGAAUGACAAGGUCGUCGAACUGCAACGCGUCAAGGCGCAGUGGGAGGAGGAGAACAGGAGGUACCGCGGCUUGCUGAAAAGCUAUGAAGAGCAGGAGAAGAGGGACGGUGAGGCCAGCAAGGCUGAGGCGGCGGCGGCUUCCAUCAAGCGCGACGAAGACCAAGAGAUGGAGGAUGCGCAAGCCACGCCCGCCGCAUCUGCUGCCCAUUUGGAGCGCAUCUCUCUCCUCGAGUCCGAGCUGGAACACAAGCGCUCAGAAAUCUCCUCCCUUGCCCAGCAGCACGAAGAAGCCACGCACCAACUCAAAUCCUCGCACCUCGCCGCUCAACAAGAGGUCGAGUCUCUCCGCUCUGACCUUCUCGUCCUUCAGCGCGAGAACGAACGCCUGGAUACUGCUCUGGGCAAAGCGGAGGAGCGAAUUGGGCUGGGACACUUUGAUCAGGAGAAGUACCGCUGUCUGGUCCUCAAGCAAAAUCCGGUGGACGUGGAUCGCGAUCUGAGGACCAAGACGAUGAACCGGAUUAAGGGCGAGAACGAGGAGCUAGUCAAAAGGGUGGAGGACCUGAGUCGACAGCUCGCUGAGGCAGGCUCCUCAGCUGCAGCCACUGCUCCUGUCGACGGAAAUGGGGACGCCGCAGCAGCAGCCGGCCUGGUUCCGGCUGCCACAGUGUCCAACCUGCGCACCGAGAUUGCCUCCUUGACAUCGCAGCUCGCAUUAAAGGACAAGACUCUGCUCCGCCUCAAGCAAGUUUACACUUCCAAAGCCUCCGAAUUCCGAUCGGCCAUCCAAUCCUUGUUCGGCUUCAAGGUGCGCUUCCUCGAGAAUGGCGCUGUCCGUCUCAACAGCACCUUUGCGCGAUCCACUUCCCGUGCUACGAGCCUCGUCUUUGCGAGCGAGGAGGGAGGAGUGGGCAGGAUGAAGUUGACGGGAGAAGCGGCAAAGGAUCUCAGUUUGGCAAAUGUGCCGCAUCUCCGCGAAUACUGGUUGGCGGAGGGAGGAAUGAGACAGAGCGUGCCGUGCUUCUUGGCUGCGUUGCAGUUGGAGCUGUAUGAGAGUACGACGCAGGCUGUUAGAGGGGCGUGGGCUGUUCCGGACGCUGAUGAGGAGGAGGAAUAGUGGGAAUGGAGGUGGUGGUAUUGCGCUCGUCUACCGAGACAGUCUAAUGCGAAACCAAUGACAGGUCAUUCGGUGAUCCCUGACUGCUUCACUGUGCGCCGUCCUCAGUACCGGCUCAGCUGCACUCUCCCUCCCUUUGUCCUGACCCAAUCCACCAACUCCAGGGUAACCUUGACCUGGCAGGUCAACCGCGAAGAAGGCUUGCGAGAGAUGGCGUAGUCGAGCAUGUCCAUCUCUUCAUCGCUCGGCUCAGGCAUCAACUCCUUCCCCGGUACGCUCUUCUCGUCAUUAAGGUCCACCUCGCUCAGCUCUUCU